CUCCAUGAAGCACGUGACCGCGUGGCGGCGAGAUCAAAGCGUGGCGGCGAGAUCAAAGCGUGCCACACCUCUGUUUCUCAGCGGCUCUGAUUGUAGUUACUGAAAAACGUCCUGAACAAGUUCUGCGAGCAUACAAGUAACCAAGAACAUCAUUUCCUCUCGACACUAAAAUGUUUUUCAAAUAUUAAGAACGCUAUAAGAACGUUCCAUUAUUUUAAGAAUGAUUUGUCCUAAUCUUUAGACGUUAGUGACAGUAAUGUGCAGGUUCUGUGAGCUCGGAGGCUCCUGCAGUGCUGCUCUCAUCAUCUCUUCUACAGAUGGUGGCGGCAGUGCUCGGUUUGAGCUGCUCAGCCGCUGUUAAAGCACAGAGGAACGUGUUUCGGGGCCCGUGGCGUCAUCAGGGCUGCGCCGGGGCUGCAGAGGAUCGAGCGAGAGAGCUUCGUGUUUCUGAGCGUUUAAGGUGUAUGACACGAUAUGAAACGAUGGAGUCAUGUUUUACUAAAGUAUUCCAGCGACAUCUCUAGAUUAUUGUCGGAUAUAAAGUGUAAUGAUUCAUGUGAGAGACCUCCUAAUAUCUGCACACUACUGUGAAGAUGGAGGUUAUUAAAGAGGAGGGUGAAGCAGAAACAUGCAGCGAGCAAGAGGAAGAAACUGAGGAGCAGAGAGACUUGAUGGAAGUGAAAGGUGAGAGUCAAGAACUGAAUGAGGUGAAGGAGAAGCACCAGAAUCGGGGAAAGUCUUCUAGCUCCUCAGAGAAUGAAAAGAACGUUUCACCAAAAAGAGCGGACGCUAAAGGCUCGUUCUCCUGCUCUCAGUGUGGAAAGAGGUUCACUCGUAAAGGACACCUGGAGGUCCACAUGGUGAUCCACACCGGAGAGAGACCAUACACCUGUCCUCAGUGCGCCAAGAGCUUCACCUGCAAAGGAAGCCUUAAGGAUCACUUCAGGAUCCACACCGGAGAGAGACCUUUCACCUGUCCUCAGUGCGGAAAGCGUUUCACAAACUCAGGAGGACUGAAGAGGCAUGUUCGGAUUCACACCGGAGAGAGGCCUUUCACGUGCCGUCAGUGUGCAAAGAGCUUCCCGAGCUCAGGAGAGCUGAAGAGACACAUACGGAUUCACUCGCGAGAAAGACCAUACACCUGCCCUCAGUGCGGAAAGAGCUACAAACAGAAGGAGGUUCUGAGGGAACACGCCAAAAUCCACUCUGGAGAGAAGCCUUUCACGUGCAUGCUGUGCGGGAAGAGCUUCACACAACAGAGCACGCUCAAAGUUCACAUGAAGGUCCACUCAGGAGAGAAGUUACACCAGUGUCCUGAAUGCGGCAGGAGGUUUUCAGAGGCCUGCAAUCUCAAAACUCACCUGCUCUCUCACACCGGAGAAAGACCCUUUCACUGUCAGCGCUGCGACAAGAAGUUUUUCUUGGCCGUGCAUUUGAAGACGCACAUGAGGAUUCACGAAGACGAGCGGCGAUACGUGUGUUCAUUCUGCGGGAAGAGCUUCCUGUGGCUGCACGGUUUUAAAGACCAUCAGAAAACACACAUCGGUGAGAAACCCUACGUGUGUCUGGACUGUGGGAAAACCUUCGCUAGAGCCGCCGAACUGAAAGUGCAUGAACGGAUCCACACCGGAGAAAAACCCUACAAGUGUUCUCACUGUGAGAAGAGCUUCACUCAGUCAUCGGGACUGAAAGUACACGAGAGAGUCCACACCGGAGAGAAACCAUACCUCUGUCCCUCCUGCGGGAAGACGUUCAGUCGAUACGGGAGUUUGGGAAAACAUUUAAAAAAGGCUUGUCCAAAGCUGAAAAAGUGAGCAAAGUUCACAUUCAAGUUCAAAAGGAUUUUUACCCUGACAAAAGACCAUUUAGGAUAUUGAAGAGAGUUCAGAGUAUUUGUUUAGAAAAAUCUGCCACAUUUCAUAUUAGUGAAUAGCAUUUUUUUGCAUGUGGUAGCAUCAAACUCUACAGACAUCAGUGUAUUUACCUUUCUAAUAUCUUUAAAAUGUAAUUUUGUUAAUCAUAGCUCUUCAGUACUGAUUUCAGUAAACUAUAAAUUUAACCAAGCUUGAAUGUGUGCUAGUUAAUGCUUGAGUAGGUUACAUUAAUCAUGUAAAUGAGUCACGUAAUGGACAGAUAAACACGUCAGCUGGGUAGUUUCAGUGCUUCUGACCCUGUAUGAAAUAAAGUAGCAUGCAGUGACUUCUUCAGAGAACAAAUCUACUUCUACAUACGCUUUUGUAACAUUUUAUCUUAUUGUGAUACUGUUGAUUGCUGUUUCAGUGAAAGCAUUAUAUGUUGUCGUCUGUGUGUACUGAACCUGGUUUAUAGCAACACUUCAAACUGGAACUGUUUCAAAAAUGUGCCUUUAAAGUCCUUUUCACUCCAGCAGACGGAGAUUCAAGCCUGAAACUGAACCGGAAGCUCAGAUACAAAUCCAUCAUGUGUUUGCAGAGCCUGGACAUUCACAGUCCUGUUCGGUCACGUCCUUAAAUUCUCUCUGCAUUCGUUAGUCUUUCCUGUCUGCUGUCAGUGACUUGUGUUUAUGAAUGUCGCCUGCCUUCCAACCUUUGCUCGUAAUUGUUUGUGUUGAACUAUCAGACCUUCUCUUUAUUAAAAUGAAGAAUAUGAAUUCCAAAAGUGUCUGUAAGCCUGAUCUGUUGGUGACAAAGUCUGCUUUCCAAACAAGCAGAAAGCCCAGGAGUAAGAGCUGAGAUCUGCUGGAGUGAAGAUGGGUUUGUUAAAGAGGAGAGCGAUUCAGAGACACAGAGAGAGAACAGGAAGAUACUGAGAGCUUGGUGAUCAUUCUUGAUUCUUCUUUAAUGACUGCUGACACACAGACUUAGGAGAAGUUUGCUGGCCCCUGAGGUUGUGGUUUGGUCACUUGACGGCUUGCAGUGUAUGGUUUGUGUCAAAAAUAAAACUGUGUGACAGAAACAGUGCCACAUAAAACACAUCUAAGUGAUCAUAACCUUGCAUAGCAGUUGUGCACCAUAUCUGAUGGCAUUAACAUGAAUAUAGCAUCACUUAAAGGGACAGUUCACCCAAAAAUUUAAAUUCUGUCAUUGUUUCCUCACCCACAAGUUAUUCCACACCUGUAUGCAUUUACUUCUUUUGUUUAACAUAAAUGAAGAUAUAUAGCUAUAUAUAUAUAUGUUGGUAACCAAACAAGAAAAUAUGGAAGUCAAUGGGGACCAGCAAAUAUUUAGUUACCCACAAUCUACGAAAUAUCUUCUUUUAACCCUUUAAAGGCACAAUAUGUAAGAUUUUUGUAAUAAAAU